ACCAGACCAUGGCGGAGUACAGCUCUCUGCUCAGCGACCUGUCUGAAAACAUCACCAACGAAGACUUGGAGCAGCUCAAGUCGGCCUGCAAGGAGGACAUUCCCGAGGACCAGAGCAACAACAUCACUUCCUCCAAGGAGUGGUUCAGCUACCUGGAGAAGAACGACAAGCUGGCCCAAGAUAAUCUGUCGUACAUCGAGCACAUCUUUGAGAUUUCGCGGCGACCGGACCUGCUGACGAGGGUGAUCGAGUACCGCACCACCGUGCUCAAGAUCUCUGAGGAUGACGAGAUCGACACCAAGCUCACACGCAUCCCCUCAGCCAAGAAAUACAAAGACAUCAUCCGCCAGCCCUCUGAAGAUGAGAUCAUCAAGUUGGCCCCGCCUCCUAAAAAAGUGUGAGAGCGUGACACACAACCCUGAUCUUUGCGCCUGGAUUUCUUCACUCUUGGCACUCCAAUCAACCGACCAACCGUUUAUGACCAACCCCAUCGCUCCCCUACUUCACCUACCCUCACACACAAACACACAGACACACACGCACACUACACAACACACACGCACACACACACAUCCAGCCAAGCACCAUCCUUGCACUGACCCGCGCAGGCAGCCACCAACCAAGCAACCAAUCAGAUCGUAGCGAUGCAGCCUCUCUCCGAGCUGAGGGGAGGCGGGAAGCUGCGAAAAAGAGACAUUAGAAGACGUAAUCUGGAGAUGGACGAACAAUGUAUGUGUGUAAGGAGAGAAAGAGAGAGAGAGAGAGAGAAAGAGAGAGAGAGAGAGAGAGAGAGAGAGAGAGACAAACGUCUACCCUCAAUUCAAACGCUGAAAGGGUCCGUUUAGAUUGAGUGUAAUCUGUAACACUGUUCAAUCUGUGAUGCUGUGCUUACUGUAUGCAGCCGCCUGUCUGAGUGUGUGCAUGUCAGCGAAGGUUGUUAUAGUUAAGACAAAGACUACAUCCAGCCAUAAAGAGUUUAAAACUACAAACCCUGCGUUCAAAACAACAAAGUGAAAUGGCAAAGUUCCAUUUUUUCAGACUUUCUUAAAAUGUCAGAAAGCUGAUAGGUAACCAUAGAAACAAUUAAGCUGCGAAUGCAUUGUAUGUACAAUGAUACUUAACUAUGACUGUGGCUAUGAACGUAGUUCAUCAGUUGCUUAUUUGUUUUCAAAAUUGAAUUAGAAUAUGCAAAACAGCCAACAACAUUUUAAAAACAUUGUUUACAUUAUCAAAAAGUAUUUUAAAAACAAAACUGCAGCAAAAGUUAACACUUACUUAAACAGACAUUUAAAACUUAUCCAAAUCUCACGUAUAUGACUGUUUUAUUUUCUGUGAGGGUGCUUGUUUUAGAAUGUAGCUGCAUUUAUAGUUCAGGUGUUUGAAAUGUGAAAGGGAUAGUUCAACAGACGCUUAUUCACUGUUUGCUGUGACUUG